AUGUUCGCCCGCUACCUUGCUCUUAUUGCGGUUACUGUCGCUACUGUUGCCGCCAACAAGCUUUGUGGUGAUCCACUGUGCCAGAAGGAAGUUGGUCAUGCCUCUUACUGUAAGGAUUACGCGCGACAUCCAGCUGGGCGUGUUUGCCAAACUCUCGAUCCCAAGGACACAAGACGCAUUCCCUGCGAGUGUCCUAAGCCAACCCCCACCACAACUACCCCUACUCAACCACCGAAACCUCCCCGCAAGCCUUGUUUUGGCGGUGAUACAUUCUGUAUCUUGGUGACAGAAGGUGGUAUCUGUAGGAGGUUGCCGGGCUGGAAGUUCGUCGGCAAGUGCGAUGGUGGUAACAAACCUGAUCCUUUACCAUGCUUCUGCUUCUAG